UUGACAUCUACCAAACAAAUCGAUCGACUGAUGCAUCACCUAAAAAAAUCAAUUUACGAACGCGUCGUAAAUAGUUUAAAUCUCUGUGGUUCUCUCGAUCAUUUCUCUGCGAAAUCUAAACGCUCUUUUUUGAUCGAGCGUUUGUUUAAAGGCGGCUCAGUGUUGUUGAGUGUAGAGAAUAGUGUUGAGAAUCAAUAUUAAACAUUUGAACGCUCGUUUAAACAUUCGAAACAACCUGCUCGUCGUCGUAGGCUAUACGUGUAUGUAUCGUGGCCGUCUGUUUGGUAAAUAUUUGAAGAACUCGGGAGCAGGGCUCUGAUAAAAAAGCACUGUGACGACCAGCUCGCGAGAUAAGUUCGUUCACGUAACAACACACCUUCCAUGCGAGCAAGAAGACAGACAGAAAGUAAUAAAGUGAUCCGGAAUCAAAAUAAAACGAGUUGAAGGAAAACAAAUUAUUGGACGUGUGGAGCGAAACCCGGCUAACGAAUGACCAGUUUAUACACCAUGGAUUAGAGAAGGUUCGAUAAUCCGAAGGGAGAGUGACAAAUUGUAGCCCACUUUGCGCAAGUGGAUUAGCUGAAUGCCCUUCGUUCGUACUGCAGCUGUUGGUAGGAUGACCACAACCGAACGGUUACACUUGACGACUUUUGGUGGGAUGCGUUUGGCCACGUUUUUGCUGUUGUUAUCGCUAACGGUGGUUGGCGGAAGGAUAGUGGCAGAUCAUCCCGGAUCUAAUUCACUUUCAACGGAAAGUGCUCCGGUAACAACAUCGGUAGUUCCUAGACCAUUGGAAAUAUUUGCAGGUGACACCUUGUCCGAACAGGUGGAACCUGUUGUCGCAACUGAGAUUACUUUGAGUAGCUCAACUCCGAGUAGUACCACAACUGAGGCCAUUACAACAACAAGUUCAACAACCGAGGCUACUACUUCGACGACCACAUCAACUACAAGCACUUCUUCGACGACGACUACGACGUCUACAACAACGACGUCAACUUCAACGGUGCCAACAACCACAACGACGCUCAUUCCACCAACCAACAAAUGGGAAUGUUACAACGCAGCCCCGGAACUCUGUCACAAUCGGACCAGUGACUGUGAGUGCAAUCCCGAUCCGAUGAUACCGGGGGCUCUGUUCUGUUGCAAUGUAACGGACAUUAACAAAGCGAUCGCAUGUGCCCUCAAUUCACCGGAUAACGGUGGCACCUGGAAGUAUUUGCACAUGCGAAACGUAACCGUCCCGGAGCUGGCGCUCAACAUCUCCAAUCGGUACAUCAAAACGUUGCUCUCGCUUUCAAUCACCGAUGGGUCCAUUCAACGAAUUAGCAGCUCUUUUGCACGUUUCUCGUCUCCAGUUUGUCUGAAUGUGUCCAAUAACAACAUCAGCGACAUCGAGGCACGCGCCUUCCGAGAACUGCGCCACCUUCAAACCCUGGACAUUUCCCAUAACAACCUCACCACCAUCCCAGCCACCAUCGCUAACCUUAACCUAGACAUCCGAGGGAACGCCAACAUGCAGUGCAAAUCGUUGCUCGAGGCGCUCAAGGAAAAUCACAACUUCAACGAGAAGGAAUCGACCUUCUGCAAAGCGAACCGAACCAUCAACUGGUUCGAUGCGACCGACAACAUCCCACUGAAUCAGCUCAUCAUGGGCCAACAGGUGCAGAACGAUUGCCCGCAGCGGUGCGCCUGCGAACUCAAUCGGCUGAACUUCGACCCAAACAAUACGGAGCGGAAACGGAUUACGACCAAGGUCGUGUGCUCCGGUCAAGGGUUGGCGGACUUCCCGGAAACGCUGCCCCAGGACACCGUGGAUCUGGAUGUGUCCAACAAUAAUAUAACCAGCCUGAAGGCACUGAUCGGUAAAUCCUACUCGUCGCUGAUGCGCCUGAACGCCGACAACAACCAAAUCACUUCGCUGAACGACCUAGAAGGAACCAACUUCAUAUCCCGCUUCACGUUGCUCUCCCUGCAGAACAACAAGCUGAAAACCAUCCAAACGUACCAGUUCAAGUUCAAUCUGGAUCUCGGUUCGUUCAUGUUUCUGGCCGGGAAUCCGAUGACCUGCGACUGCAAUGCGGCGAAAAAUUUGAAAAAUUGGCUCCUCAGCAAGAAGGCUCAGGUGCCGGACCACGAUAUGAUUCACUGUGAAGGCAACGUGCACCAGUCCAAGAUCGUGCAGAUCCAAGAGAGCAAACUGUGCCAAUCGCAGCACGAUUGGACCGACUACAUUUAUUAUCUGAUCGGGACUGAGAUCUUCCUCCUGAUUGCGCUGAUCUGCAAGGUUUCGUAUGACUACUGGGUUUUCAAAACAGCCGGCUAUCUGCCGUGGCCAGCCAAUAAGAUGCCCAAGCUACCCUGCGAUUGCUUGUGCGAGUAAGUAUUGGGUUGUGAAAGCUUAUUAUUGAGUGAGAAUUUCCAGAACUAAUCAUUUUAGCUGUAAGAGUAAAUUGACGUGCCAAUAUUGAGCUGGCUCUCUAAAUUGAUUUCAAAACAUGCUAAUUUGAAGGUUUGAAAGUAGAUUUCAAGAGAUCUGAACAUUGAUUUUAGGUUAAGAAUGUACCUUCACAUACGUUAAAAAGGUAAAUAUUUAACAGUUGAGUUCGUUGAGAGAAGGCAAUUCGAAGCCUUCCAAACAAUGUCGAUAGAUCUUCUUCCUGUGCCUUAAAAUGUCUGUGAUUGUGUAGUAAGAAAGUAGAAAGUGCCUCGUUUCGGAAGAAUUUAUAACGCAAAUAUGAAUGCUGAAUUUUUA